GAUCCUACACUCUUGGCGUGGCUAUGUUCUUAAUCUGUCGUGCCACUGCGAAUAGAGCUGGUAUCCACUUACGUCACCUCUCAACGCACAAAGCGCAGUGAUGCCACAUUAUGAUCAUCAUAAGUAGGGCCGCAGUCAUCAUGUUGGAGCGAAUACCAUAAACCGACAUCACCGGGAAUAGUUCUGAAUAAACCUUUUGAAUCGAGUCUCGAAAAGCGAACCAUCAGUCACAUCACAAGAUGCCUCUCUUCAGCUCACAACCGCAAUCCACCACCACCCCGAACCUCACCUUUAUCGGACCCGACGCGCACGGCACAAUCUACAUUGAAGAUGCCCGAGGCAUGCGCACGCCAUUCUUCGCAGUCACGAUAGCGAAACACUCCAAGCCCAGCCUAACCGUAAACCGCAUCUUGCCCUCCGGCCACCAAGAGCCGUUCUUCACCUCCCACACAUCCUCCAUGUCGGGCACUUCCAGAAUCGACCUCGUCAGCCGCGCCAGUGAGAUCAAAAUGAAAAUCAGCUACGAAGGUAUGCGGCUACGUCGAGAAUUCCAGGGGCCAACGGGUAAGCUGAGUUGGUUUCCUUCAGGGAACUCGGGCUGCGAUCAGAAGCUGAAGGACAAGAACGAGAUGGUGUUGGCCAAGUUGACGGCGAAUAUUGGACAUUCGAAGGAGCCUAGAUUGGAGAUAUUGGUACCGUGUGAUGAUUACUUACUGGAUCUUGUUGUGGCGACGGGGUUGGCGGUGUAUAGGGAUACGGUGAAGGAGGUUAAGCAGGUUGAGGUGGUGAGUGAGGUGAUUGGCGGCGCAUUUGGAGGUUGAGAUGUUGUUAAUGCAAAGGCGAUCGGUCUGUUCCCAUGAGAGCAUUUCCGACUCCAUCUUGCAGCAUGCGAACGAAGUAUAGAUGG